AUGGCGCCUCUACGGAUACAUAGGCACAGAGACAACGACAUUCCCCUCGAGAGCCCGCCAAUAACGCCUCGUUCCGACACUGAGAAGGAAGACGGCCGACCAGAUGAAGUCGAUGACGAAGACGAUGGCAGCGACGAAAAUGCGCUGCGGCCCCCGCGCCCGGUCUCUCUCGCGAUAUCGACGCAUUCCAUGGCCAAGAGGCCCGAGUCGCUGCUCCACGAGUCCUGUUUCCUCUUUGUCGUCUCCAUGGCCCAGUUUCUAGGACAGACUGGCCUCGCUCUCUCCAUCAUUACCGCUCACAUCAUUGGUCAGAGCUGGGAGCAUGUAAGCGAUGGCCAGCUGAGCUGGUUCGCAGCUUCAUUCUCUCUGACCAACAGCACCUUUAUUCUCGUCGCCGGCAGGCUCGGUGACUUGUAUGGCCACAGACGGCUCUUCAUCGCCGGUUUCUUUUGGUAUGGCUUGUGGUCUCUGCUGGCUGGCUUCAGCGUGUACUCGACAUCGACGACAUUCUUCAUCUGCUGCCGUGCGUUUCAGGGCAUUGGAGCCGGAUUGGUGCUGCCAAAUGCGGUGGCCAUCUUGGGGAGGACGUAUCCUCCUGGGCGGCGAAAGGAACUGGUGUUUAGUCUCUUUGGAGCUACUGCCCCAGCUGGAUUCAACGUCGCGGGCGUCUUCAUCGCACUGUUGGCACAGCGGGUAUGGUGGCCCUGGUCAUACUGGAUCAUGGCCAUCUUCUGCUUCAGCCUUGCUGUUGCGGGGAUCUUUGUAAUUCCCAGAGCGCUAGAUCCGCCUCCGAGAACAGAGUCUUCGAUUAAACGGGGAAAUCGAUUCGACUUUAUUGAGCGAAUUGACAUUCCUGGCGCUCUUUUUGGCAUCACCGGCCUUGCUCUUAUCAACUUCGCCUGGAACCAGGCCCCGAUUGCCGGGUGGUCAAACCCAUAUGUUUAUGUUCUUCUUAUUGUUGGAUUUCUCUCUCUAGCUGUGUUUGGAAUUGUUGAAAGCAAGGCAAAGUUCCCUUUGAUCCCGACUUCUGUUUUUACGGGGGAUCUUGGCUGGACUCUAAGCUGCAUCGCGGCAGGCUGGGCCAGCUUUGGUAUUGGUCUCUACUACUACUACCAGUUUAUGGAAGUUAUCAAGGGCGACGAACCGCUCCUUGCGGUAGGUAAAUGGGCUCCGGCGCCAAUCAUGGGCGUCAUCGCAGGCCUCACAACAGCGUAUCUGCUCAGCCGAGUAUCGCCAAGUGUCAUCAUGUUUAUGGCAAUGUGUGGGUUCCUUAUUGCAGCCACGCUUCUGGCCACAGCUCCGGUCGAUCAGACCUAUUGGGCACAAGCGUUUGUGAUGGUCUUGAUCUACCCUUUUGGCAUGGAUAUGUCUUUCCCUGCGGGAACUAUUCUUCUAAGCAAUGCCAUGCCACGCGAGCACCAGGGACUUGCAGCGUCUCUCAUUGCUACAACAAUCAAUUAUUCCAUCUCCCUAAGUCUGGGAUUUGCAGGGACCAUCGAGACCCAACUAAAUCAUCACGGAAGCGAUUUGCUUAGAGGAUAUCGAUCGGCGUUAUAUUUCAGCAACAUGACAUCUUCAUCGGGCGAGGAAGCGCCGGCUAACUAUGCUCGGAAAGGUGCCCAAUGCGUCUAUCUAUCGCGGCGAAAGUCUCGUCAGAUACGGUCCGAGGGCCGCUCGGCCACGCCAAACACUUUGAUACCUCCGUCUACUUCUAUUGUGACGCCCGUGACGCCCGUGACACCUGUAACUCCUACAACCUCCAAUGAAACCGCCACCGCGACUGCGAUAUACUUCAUCGCACCGCAAAUCUUUCGACAGGCACAGCUUGAGCUGCCCCGGAUCCAUCCCUCUAUACCGGCAGAUAUAUCGCCAUUCGAAAAUGAUCCCUCACGUAUUCGCAACAUCGCGUAUACUUUCUUCGACUCGAUCCACUGGUGGAUGCCUCUCAUUUCUAAAAAGGGAUUCUUUGCACAUCUGCUGAACCCCCUGGCGCAGCGACGGAGCGAACUUGGUCUUCUCAUCAUAUGUAUGCAGUUGUACUGUGCACGCGAUCUCAAUCCAGGGACGGGGGCACUUGAUGUGACUGCUCUGUAUCAUAAUGCUAAGAGACUGCAUUUCGAGAUGGAGGCGGCAGGAGUUUUGUCGCUGCGGGUUCUUCAAGCUGGCAUCUUGAUUGCGCUCUAUGAAUUCGGGCAGGCCAUCUAUCCGGCUGCGUAUUUGACGGUUGGAGCUUGUGCACGCUACGGCACAGCAAUUGGGGUUAACAACCUGAGAGAGGAAUCACAGAGUGAAUACAGUAGUCCACGCUCAAUGUCCGAAGUUGACGAACGGAGACGCGCGUGGUGGACCAUCUUAUUUCUCGAUCGGUUUAUGAACAUUAGCAAUCCUAACAGACCCCUCGCGACGAAGAAUCCAACCUUCGAUGAUUUGCUCCCGGUUGACGAUAAGCUAUGGGAUGAUGGAACUGCGAAGCCAAGCGACGCUUUCAGCAUCUCUCAGGGCUUUUCUCUUAAGAUGGGCAUGUUUUCUAGACUUGGGCAGGCCACCUAUAUGCUCAGUCAGGCUCUCGAUCUUGUUUGCCCGGAUAAUCACCAAGACCCAAUGGAAAGGGAUCAGCAAAUAGCACAACUGCGACGAACUGUUCAUGCGCUGAUUACAGUCUCAAACGCCGAAGCCAGUGUGAGAGAACUGAGGACAUGUGCUGGAUUUUGUCCACAAUUAUCGAUUUGCUCCAGCACAAUAUUUCUGCUUCAGGAAUAUCAAUGGCGGGCGAAGAGCAAUAAUAUGGAUCUCAUACCUAAUUACAUCUCUGUGAGGGACACUUCGGAGGAGACGCUGUCUACCUUGGACCACCUGGCGACCACCGCCCAAGGCUUCCGAGACCAGAUGGUAGAUACCACUUCAGUCCUGGUUGCUACUCCAUUUCUAGCGCAUGUCGCAUAUCAGGCGGCGUUAUUUCUCAUUAGAUUAAGUCGAGGCGAGCCCGACGAUAUCACAACUCGGAGGAUGUCACUGUUCAAGGAGCUGCUGCAAGAUAUUGUUCCUCGCUGGAAAAUGGCCAGGGUCUAUUUGGAUAUUUUGGAUGCUCAAGAAAUCACAACAGCUUCUGAGGCAGCGUGCGGGCCCCGACCGUUUAGGUACAGCCAGGACCCGGACCAGUGA